AUGUCUUUAGACCUCCUUUCUAGGCUUAAAAAAUAUAUCCACGAUGAAGAAAACUCUCUGUUAGAUACCUUAUAUGCAGACUGUCAAAACGAUGGCUUGACAAACGCUCUUAAUCACGUUAUCGAUACACUAUUAUUAGGGACUAGCUCUAGUUUCGACGAUGAAAGUGUUGAAAAGUUGUUUGCUAUUUGUCUGCAUUUCUGUGAUUUAUCUUCCAACUUGAAGAAUAAAGUCUAUGAUUUAUUGACGAGCAUCAUCGGAUCCGAAACAGCUGUGCUUGAGGACUUGAUUGUCGCGAAUGCUACAGAUUUCUUUGUACCACAGACAAAUUUAGAAUCUAUGGGAAUAGCUUUUCAACUUACUAUCAAAUCCCUUUCUGAGAGUAACCAACUGAGUAUCAUACAUACCUCCUCUAGCAGUUCUAGAGAUAAAAAGAAAAAUGUGUCGCACCAACAGAACUCUACUUGGAAUGGUCUUAUCCACGUAAAUUCUUUUCUGGAUUCCGUCAGCAAUCUUUUCCAGAAAAAGCUAUCUCGUGUAUGGACCACGUCUUCUGAAAGGGAUAUGUUUAUUUCUCUUUUUCUAAAACAAGUGUAUACUUUGAUGGAAAGUGAAAUAAACAUGAAAAACAGUGGCUUCAGAGUACGGAUGUUUGACCUAAUUAGCCUUGCAGUGAAAUAUCACCACCAAACUGCUGCUGCCGAAACCCGAAUUAUACAAAGUCUUCAGUAUUUUGAGCAUCUUGCUGAAUAUCUUGCCGACUUGGUUCAUCUAACUACAGUGAGAUACGAAUUUUCGCCUUUGGCUGAAGGUAUUCUUCAUACCCUUUGCUCUUUGGAAUUCAGUGAAAACGAUGUAAAAGGGCCUAAACAGGUAUCUCUUUUUCUGGUUCACCUCUCUUCUUUGUUACCGAACUUAUGCUUUAAGCAAUUGACCUUGUUGACAAAAUUACUAGAUUCUGAAUCCUACACACUUAGAUGCGCCAUCAUUGAAGUGAUUGGAAAUGUGAUUCUUGACCUUAUUCAGGAUGAUUCAGAAGAAGAUAAUUCCGAGUCCAUUUCCUCAAACGUUCAAAGUAUUCUUGAAGUUUUGGAAGAUAGAUUGUUGGACAUCAGUCCAUAUUGUCGCACAAAAAUCCUUCAAGUAUUUGUUCGGAUUUUCGAGUUACCUAUCAAGUAUCCUCAAAAGCGACAAGAAAUUGCAGAACUUACGAUCCGUUGUAUGCAAGAUCGUUCUAGUCAUGUCCGAAGAAACGCGAUUCGACUCUUUUCCAAGCUGUUAACCACUCAUCCAUUUUCUGUGAUGCAUAAUGGUAUACUUACAAGAAGCGUAUGGGAAGAAGGUCUCAGUUUCGUUGAAGAGCAGUUGCGUUCACUUCAACCAAAACGCGUCGUUACCAGCACUGAUUAUGAAAGUAGUGUUGAUGAGAAUUUACUCGAAGACGCUACUAUGAUACGUGAUGAGGAAGAUAAUGCAUCUAUGGAUCUUGAAAGCAGCCAAGAAAAAGACCCAUUGAAUGCAUACGCGGAUUCUGUUCCUGCCGAAGAUAUCGUUAAAAUUAAUUUAACCAAGCGUUUUUACGUUGAAGCACUUAAGUUUAUAGAUACUCUGGAAGAAGGAGCGAAAAUUAUAAGUCAGCUUUUAUCGGCAAAGAAUAAGAGCGAGGUUAUUGAAGCUAUGGAUUUCUUUGUUUGUUGCAGUUCCUUUUAUUUAUCUUUUGCUAAACAAUAUAUCAAACGAAUGAUUCAUUUGAUAUGGGUGAAAGGAACUUCUGAUGAAGGAAACAGUAUACAAAAUCACGUUUUAAAUUGCUAUAAGAGUCUAUUUUUUCAACCUCCUCCUGGAAGCGAUGCAAACGAUCGUGCUAAUUACAUGGCCAGAAACUUAAUAUCUCUGACUUACGAUUCGAGUCUUGCUGAAUUAACGUCGCUUGAACAAAUGUUAUCAAUUUUAAUGAAACAAGACUAUUUCCCUGCGUUGGUUGUUACUAAAUUAUGGCAGGUUUAUAGUUAUGUGAAGAAGGACAUAUCGAGAACACAGCGUCGCGGUGCAAUAAUCGUUUUGAGUAUGCUUGCACUAGGAAACAACGAUAUAAUUAUUCAAGGUUUGGAUUAUUUGGUACAGAUCGGACUUGGUGCUCCUGGCUUGGACGAUUUAGUCCUUGCUCGAUAUAGUUGUAUAACCAUCAAGAGAAUAUCAAAGAGUUCUCCUAAUGCUUCUGUUAUUACAUUUCAAAAUUCUCAUGUAGUUUGUCAAAAGCUUUGCAUGUUAUUGCUGAGGCCUUCCACAUCCGAUGAAUGGUUUGGACUUCAAGAACAAAUCAUCGACGCUAUUUAUGCGGUUUCAAAGCACCCUGAUGAACUCUGUACAAACGUGAUUAUUUUAUUAACGAAGAAUUUAUUUGAAAGAACGAAAGCUACUGAACACAGCAACGAAGAUGCUAUGGACGAAGACGUAAAUAUACCAGAGCAAGAGAAAAAUGCUUCUACGCAGUUUGCCCAUCUUAUUUUUGUUGUCGGACAUGUUGCUAUAAAACAACUUGUUUACAUUGAGUAUUGCGAGGCCGAAUUUAAAAGAAGAAAAGCAGAUGCCGAGAAAAACCCCACUGAAUCCAAUGAUAAAAGUGCCAACCAAUCCGAGUUUGAUUUAAUUACUGGAACAAGUGAAGAUGAUUUUGCUGAGGCUAUGACAUUCAUCCGUGAAAGAGAAUUGCUGUAUGGAGAAAAUUCGUUAUUGUCUCGUUUCGCUCCUUUGGUAGUAGAAGUUUGUUCGCAUCAUACGGGAUCUCAUAAUGAUAGUCUGUUGGUUGCAUCUUCGUUGACAUUAGCGAAGUUUAUGUGCUUGUCAAAUAACUUUUGUAUGGAAAAUUUACCAUUACUUAUUACAAUAUUGGAAAAAUGCGACAAUCCAUUGAUCAGAAAUAAUCUCGUAAUUGCCUUGGCAGAUUUGACCGUUUGCUUUAACCAUUUUAUUGAUGAAAUUUCCGAGUUUCUAUACAGAAGACUGUUGGAUCCUGAUCCAUCCGUGAAAAAAACUUGUUUCAUGACUCUUGCAUUCUUAAUUUUGGCUGGUCAGAUUAAAGUGAAGGGACAACUGGGUAUUAUGGCAAGGUCAUUAGAGGAUGAAGAUGCUCGAAUUGCUGAUUUAGCUAGGAUGUUCUUUACGGACUUUUCAGCCAAAGAUAACUCUGUAUACAAUAAUUUCAUUGAUAUUUUUAGUGUUUUAUCUAAAAGUUCAGAGGAUCAAGACGAAGAGGAUACGAAGUUUAAACACAUCGUCAGAUUCCUAAUGUCCUUCAUUGAAAAAGAGCGUUAUACGAAACAAUUAACAGAACGUCUAUCUGCACGCUUACUUCGGUGCAAGAGUCAGAGGCAAUGGAAUCAUGUUGCUUACGCGCUUUCUUUAUUACCUCACAAAUCUGAUGAAGUUCAAAAACAGUUGGAUGAUGGUUUCCGAACUUGA